AUGCUGUUGCUUCCAAGAUUAUUCGGCAGACCAGUGAUACAUGGUGUCCUGCGCAGUCCGGCCAUAACUCCGCUCUCGAGCGUGAGAUUGGUGAGCCGAACAUGGGCUCCCCUUAGCCAUACCGGCAUUGUGAGGCCUGCAGUGGGCGUGAGUCCGUUGCAGGUUGCAAGAACAUUCAGCUCGACCAGCCAGAAAUUCGAGUCGCAAAAAGAGUCUAAAGAGGAGCCCAAGGAUGGCACCGAUGGUGGACAAAAGAAAAAGUCCUCGUUCAAAGAGAUAUGGGAGUUGCUCAGACUCACAAAGACAGAAAUCCCUACAAUGUCAAUUGCCAUACUACUCCUGUUUGUGUCCUCUUCUGUUUCGAUGGUUUUCCCUAUGAUCAUGGGAAAGGUGAUAGACAUGGCGAAAGCCGAGGACCAGAAGUCCACCAUCAGCAUACUGUCCUAUGAAGUGCCUGCUAACCAAUUCUACGCCGCGGUGGGGGCCCUCUUUUUCCUGGGAGCGUGUGCUAACUUCGGGAGGAUCAUUCUUUUGCGCAAAGUCGGCGAGCGGAUCAUGGCCAAGCUGAGACUCGAUAUAUUGCGGAAAAUAUUCUACCAGGAUGCCAAGUUCUGGGACUACCACAAGUCUGGCGAUCUGAUCUCACGUUUGGUCAAUGACUCGACCAUUGUGGCGCGCUCUGUCACCCAGAACAUCAGCGACGGGCUGCGCUCGUCGAUCAGCGGGCUUGUUGGAAUUGUCAUGAUGGUGACCAUUUCCGUCAAGCUUACAGGCUACAUGACACUGAUCUUUCCUGUUUUAAUUUUUAUGUCGCUGGUGUUUGGAAGAAAAAUCAAGGCUCUCUCCAAAGACAUCCAGAAACAGCUCGGAAAUCUCACCAAAGUGUCGGAGGAGCAAUUCAACUUCACAAAAACUAUCCAGAGCUUCAACAACGAGGAGUACGAGGUGGGGAAGUUCCGCAAGGAGGUCCAAAGACUGUACAACCUAUCUGUGUAUGAAGGCCGGCUCAAUGGCUAUUUUUUCGCUGGCAAUGGCUUUGUCGGUAACGUUUUCCUCAUCGGACUGCUGUCGUUGGGCGUGCAGAUGGUGCGUCAAGGCGAGCUUUCCAUUGGAGAGCUUUCUUCGUACAUGCUGUACACGACAUUCAGUGCCUCAAGCGUUUAUUCGCUGUCGAACUUUUACUCUGAGCUGAUGAAGGGCGUGGGAGCAUCAGAACGUGUGUUCGAGCUCAUCAGGCUGCAACCGGCCAUUGUGCCUUCUGAAGGAAAGAAAAUCAACGUGCUGGGGAACAUUGAGUUUAGAAACGUCGCUUUCAAAUACCCGACGCGUCCGACGCACCAGGUGUUUGGAUCCCUGAACCUCAAGAUCAACAAGGGUGACCAUGUGUGUCUCGUUGGGCCGAGCGGGUGCGGAAAAAGUACCGUGGCGCAGCUGCUACUGCGCCACUACGAGCCACUCUCUGGAAGCAUUCUAAUCGACGGCCAGCCUCUGACGGAGGUCAGUCUGGCCAGUUUCAGGGAACAGACGGGAGUUGUUCAGCAGGAGCCCAUGCUGUUUUCUGGCACUCUAAGGGAGAACAUCACGUACGGAAAAAUGGACGCCACCGACGAGGAGAUCCAGAAAGUGUGCGAUCUGGCGAACUGCACGAGCUUCAUCAGCAAUUUCCCCGACAAACUGGAAACCGUGGUUGGCUCUAGGGGCGCCCAGCUAAGUGGAGGACAGAAACAGAGAAUAGCUCUUGCAAGAACGCUACUUUUGGGCCAUCGGACCGACAAAAAGGUGUCUGUUUCUGAAGCGUACAGCUCGCGUGGAGAGCUGCUUCUUGGGCCAAGCAUUUUGAUUCUGGACGAGGCCACGUCUGCACUGGACGCCAAGUCGGAGGAGGCCAUCAAGCGCACACUCAAGCUCAGACAGGAGGCCGGUCUUACCACUAUCAGCAUCGCUCAUCGGCUGAGCACCAUCAAGACCAGCGACAAAAUUGUCGUGUUCAACCACAAGGGUGUGAUCGUGGAGUACGACAACUUCGACAAGUUGUAUGCCAAUCCUAAAAGCGAGCUCAACAGACUGCUCUCGAAGAGCGAGAACGGCGAGGAGACCGAAGAGAAGGAUGAGUGA